GCAACGCCCAGCUCGCCCAGCGCCUCCCUGAUCCGCACAGCAUUCUGUCCCAAGGCGGCAGCAGCUACACCCUCGCUCUCGAGAACUACCGGCUGCGGCCUCCCCGAACUGGGCCUUUCUUUCGCCUUGCAAUUGAGCAGUCAUGGACGCUAAGCCUGCACGGCGCGUUCGCGCUGUCCCAAGCCUGGGUAACGAGAACCUUUCCAUCGUGCCCAAGCAGACCAUCCAUCAUCGCCACAAGUCGACUGGAAAUCUCCUCAACAUGCCUACCACCGGCAGUCUGCGCAUGGCUGCGAAACGCACAGCCCUUGCAGACUUCAGCAACAUCAAUCGGCAAGCUCCGGCGGAGUCGGGUAAAGGCCUGAUCAAGCAAAAGUCCGCAGCCACCUUCACAGUCCUCAAGGGCAAGGAAAACCAGAGUUCGCGCGACUCGAACAAGGACCAGCCUGCCAAGUCAGCUCACCGGCAACCUCAAAAGUACGCCUCGGCGGCCAACCUCAGGCACCACGCCCGUUUCAGUGGUGUCUCUUCCACGAGGACAUCAGACCUGUCGCAAGUCGUGGCGAGGGAACUUCCCUCCGCGGCAGUCAUCGAGGAGAAGCCUGAGGUGCCCAGCAAUGUCGAGUUGGUGCCUCUAGACGAGUAUGUGGCGGCAAGCCAUUAUGAUGAACCAGCCUCUGUGUAUCCGGAACUUGAGCAAGACUUCAGAUUUCCUACAUCAAACGCCGUACCUGCCGUCCAUGAGCAUCCAGACGUCAGCUACAACUCAUACUUCUCCGGUUCGUCGUCAGACACAGCUCCCGAGAGCAACCCACUCGUUGACAACGCCGGUCCCGAAGAUGACCAGGUGGAAGCACUCUACGUCGACGCCGUCGAGGAAUUCCCUGCUGUGCCUGCGACUGAGGCCCACGGGAGUGCAGAAGUUCGUGUACACAUCGCAGACUCGAUUGCCACGACGUUGCACCACGCCAUUGCGGUCGACGAAAAGCCGCACGCCAAGUUUGUCGACGCAGAGCCUCACCCUAUCCUUUCGUAUCCUGACGACGCCGUUGAAGUCUCUGAUUACGACGACGAGGCCUACGGAGACGAUCAGGGCUACAUGACAGCCCACUCCUACCGUUCCCACGGCGAUAAUACCACAACAGCCUUCCCCGUCAUGUUUCCUCCUAAGCUGGGCCGGAGAGGUCAGGCAGAGCUCGAGGCUGCCAAGCAGUACGUCGAUGCUCACAGGACAAAGGAAGAAGAGGACGAAGAAUGCUGGGAUGUCAGCAUGGUUGCCGAGUAUGGUGAUGACAUCUUUGCGUACUGCAGAGAGCUUGAGCUGCAAAUGCUUCCCAAUGCAAACUACAUGGACACCCAGACCGAGAUUCAGUGGUCGAUGCGCUCUGUCUUGAUGGACUGGGUCAUCCAAGUCCAUACUCGGUUCGGCCUUCUUCCAGAGACAUUGUUCUUGACCGUCAAUUAUAUCGACCGCUUCCUGACCGCCAAGAUUGUGUCGCUCGGCAAGCUGCAGCUGGUCGGGGCCACUGCUCUCUUCCUUGCCGCCAAGUAUGAGGAGAUCAACUGCCCUUCUGUGCAGGAGAUUGCCUACAUGGUCGACCAUGGCUACACUGUCGAGGAAAUUCUCAAGGCCGAACGUUUCAUGCUUAGCAUGCUCAACUUCGAGAUGGGCUGGCCUGGACCGAUGAGCUUCCUGCGGCGCAUCAGCAAGGCAGAUGACUACGACCUCGAGUCUCGCACACUAUCCAAGUACCUGCUAGAAGUUGCCAUCAUGGAUGAGCGCUUCGUCGCGAGCCCUGCGAGUUAUCUCGCUGCCGGCGCUCACUGCCUUUCCCGCUUGAUUCUGGGCAAGGGUGAAUGGACGAAAUCCCACGUGUACUACUCGCAGUAUACCUUUGCGCAACUCAAGCCUUUGAUCUCCACAAUCCUUGACUGCUGCCGUAUCGCACGCAAGCAUCACGUCGCCGUCUUCGAGAAGUAUUCAGACAGACGGUACAAACGCGCGGCUACGUUCGUCGAGACUCAGCUGAACAAGGGGUUCACGCUACCGUUCCAGCAAAGCAUUGGAUAUCGGACCUCCCAGGAAUUUCCUGGACUCGAUCUUCUUCAGGAAUCGACGAGUCAUAGCCACUCCCUGAAAAUGUCCAUUCCAGUUCAAGGGUAGAACUCUCGGGCUGUGACCCUUCGCCCU